UCAGACAGAUGACACGAACAAAAAUCAGAAGGAGUUGAGAAUACAAUUUUGAAGUUCAACGAAAAUGAUUUCUAUGUUUGUUAGAAAACUGCGCAAGUUUAAGUGCUUUAUUGUUUUGUUUUUUAUAAUAUUCCUACUUAAUUUAUUGACGAAUAACCGCCGGAAACUUGAAACGGAGUCCUUACAGUUCUCAAAAUUAUCGAAUGAUGAAUCCUUUCUUGAGAACCUGAAUUAUUUGAAGGAAAAAAGCAACGAUAAAGAUAUUUUUUCGCAAUGUAUGCAGAACUAUGAUUCGGAAAUAAAAUCUCAUCCGAAAGCUCCGAUUCAUUUACUUCCGAAGUCAGAAGAUCCUUUGCAUGCGCUAUCUGCCUCAAAUUCAAUUUGCGACCCAAAGGUUAAAAAUUUACGGGUAAUUCAAAUCUUAAAUCGAAUUGCAAGAAGCGAUUUACGAAACGCUAUUCGAGAAACUUACGGCAAUCUUUCCUCGUUUAAAAAUUCUUCCUUAAAAGGAAGUUAUACUGUGUUUUUUCUAGUCGGAAUGCCGAGUAAUAAAACCGAAGAGCAAAUGGUUCUCGACGAGAAUGAGAAAUACAACGACAUUAUUAUUGCCAAAGUUCCCGAAGGUUAUUAUAACACGACUUUAAAAAUUCUAAUUGGACUGAAAUUUGCAUCUUGUUUUUGCUCAAACGCCGAAUAUUUUAUAAAAAUUGACGACGAUGAUUAUUUGAGGUUAAAACAUUUGGAUAAAGUUAUCAUUGAUGAGCAGAAUGCAUUGAAUUCGCGUUUAAAAUUACAAAACGAGAAACAAACAAGAGUCGAAAAAUACGCUUUACCGGCCCGAUUAUACAUGGGUGGUUGCGGUUCAAAUAAAGUCCAAAGACCGGAUCCGGAUAAAAAAAUCAAAAACUCGUGGCAGUUAACGCUACAAGAAUACAGCGAGAAUUCAUACCCACCGUAUUGUGGGGGUCCAUUUUACAUGUUUUCAAUGGGCUCUGUAAUCGACCUCGCUAGAGAUUGUCCUUAUACAUGCAUAGGUUUGGAUCCAAAGAAAGCAGAAGAAAACGAAGAAAAACCGUGUUUGUGGAAGUUUGAAGACACGUUUGUCGGAUCAUGCGUUUGGUUCACGAGACGAAAUGAUACGACUUUGAUCAAUAUUCAGUAUAGAUCGGCUGUGAUGACUGGUAAUAAAUAUUACAGAGAUAGAAAUGACCCUGAAAUACAUUUAACUGUUCACGGUGUCAGGAAAUACAGUCAUAUGAUUGAUGCCCACCAGUUUUAUUUGGAUCGAAAGUUAGUUUAUUGA